GACGUCCAAUAUAUGCGCACCAAGGCUCACACGUGUUGUUUUCAUCAUAUGCUAGUGAUUUUAUUUUUGUUACUCCUUGGAAGUGUAGUUGUGUUAAUUUCCAGCGUAAAGCUGCUGUCAACACAAAAAUGGGGAAGAAGCUCAAAGUAGGAAAGACCCGAAAAGAUAAAUUCUACCACUUAGCCAAAGAAACAGGUUAUCGGUCUCGUUCAUCAUUCAAACUCAUCCAACUAAACCGUAAAUAUCAGUUUCUUCAAAAAGCUAGAGCUUUGGUGGACCUGUGCGCUGCUCCCGGAGGAUGGUUACAAGUGGCGUCCAAAUUUAUGCCUGUUUCAAGCCUUGUUAUUGGUGUUGACCUGGUGCCCAUUAAACCCAUCCCCAAUGUAGUGACCCUUCAAGAAGACAUCACCACUGAGAAAUGCAGACAGGCCCUCAGAAAGGAGCUGCAGACCUGGAAGGUUGAUGUUGUGCUAAAUGAUGGUGCUCCAAACGUAGGAGCCAACUGGCAACAUGAUGCUUUCUCCCAAGCCCACCUGACCCUGAUGGCCUUGAAGCUGGCCUCUGAGUUCUUGACGAAAGGGGGCACGUUUGUCACCAAGGUCUUCCGCUCGAAAGACUACCAGCCGCUGCUCUGGAUCUUCCAGCAGUUCUUCAAGAAAGUUCAAGCCACCAAGCCCCAAGCGUCUAGGAAUGAGUCGGCGGAAAUCUUUGUUAUUUGCCAGGGUUUUCUCGCGCCAGACAAAAUUGACGCCAAGUUCUUCGACCCCAAAUAUGCAUUUAAAGAGGUGGAAGUACAGGCCAAAACUGUGAAAGAACUGGUUCCGGAAAAAAAGCCAAAGGCCGAGGGAUACACUGAUGGCGACCUGACCCUUUUCCACAGUUGCACUGUUACAACCUUUGUCAAAGCUGAAAACCCCGUGGACUUUUUGGGCAAAGCCAGUGAGAUCACCUUUGACAACCCAGACCUGGAGACUCACAGCUCCACUACUGAUGAGAUAAAGGAGUGUUGUCGUGACAUUAAAGUUUUGGGCCGCAAAGAACUCCGCGCUUUGCUGAACUGGAGGACCAAGCUGAGGCGAUACCUAGCUAAGAAAUUGAAGGAGGAGGCCAAGAACCUUGAUGGGGAAAUCAGGCUGAGUUCUGAGGAAGAGGGGGAUGAAUCAGAUGCCGAGCCAAAGAAGAACAAAGAGGUAGCAGAGGUGGAGGGUGAUGACGACGAAGAAGAAGAAAUGGAGAAGAAAUUGGCCGAGCUGAAAGCAGAGGAGGUGGCUGAUCUCAAGAGGAAAAAGAGGAAGCUGCUGAAAGAGCGUAGAAAGCAGAGGGAGAGGGUGGAGCUCAAGAUGGAUCUGCCAGGUGUCUCCAUUGCUGACAACAAUGAUGUCUGCUUGUUCUCCCUCCACACCAUCAAGAAGAAAGAGGUGCUGGAUGAUCUUUCCAAGGGGGACAUGAAAGCAGCAGACUUCCUAGCGGAGGGAGAGGAUGACCUCGACCUGUCUGAUACUGAGGAGGAGGAGGACCAAGCAGAUAACAUGUCCCUGGCCUCUGAUUUGGAUGACGAUGAACUGGAGGAGGUGGAACGCAGACAGAAGGGGCUGGAGAAGAAAAAGAAGAAGAAGAAAGUGACAUUCACCGAGGAAGAUGAGGCGGACGACAACGAAGAGGAGGGCGGCGUACUCGUGGAACUUGAAGGAAUAGAUGAGAAGAAAAAGCGUGAAACCAACUUGUGGUUCAGUAAGGACAUUUUUUCUGAGAUUGAGCUAGAAGGAGACGCUGAGAGCGAGCUCAGACAGACGCAGUGGAUCCAAAACCAGCACCCAGGAAAAGGCAAAAAGAGGAAAGCUGAGAAAGUAGAGAAAUAUGAGGAGGCUGCUCCAAAUGUAAAAGAAGAGGCGGAGACUUCAAAGGAAGCGGUGGAAGACGGUGACAGCGACUCAGAUGACAGUGACGAUGAAGAAUUCAUAUCCAAGUUGAAACAGGCAAAUGGCAGCACCGGGACAAGUGGUAGCACCGGGGCAGGUCUCGGUGAUGACGAUGACGACUUCCAGGUCGUUCCAGUUGAAAGCACCAGUAAGAAAGCUCGCAUCCUGGAUGCCGAAGGCCUCGCCCUUGGCUGCCAGAUUGCCACAUCUAAGAAGAAAGCCAGAGACCUGGUGGACAACUCCUUCCACAGGUUUGCAUCGUCUGACGAGCCUUGGGAAGUACCUGAAUGGUUCCUGAAUGACGAGAAUAAGCACAGGAAGAAGCCAGUGCCGGUCACCAAGGAGAUGGUGGAGGAGUAUAAACAGAAGUGGAAGGAGAUCAAUGCCCGGCCAAUUAAGAGAGUCGCCGAAGCCAAGGCCAGGAAGAAGAGGAGGAUGCUGAAGAAGAUGGAACAGGCUAAGAAGAAAGCAGAGGCUGUUGUGAACACAGUGGACAUUUCUGAGAGGGAGAAGAUGGCUCAACUCAAGAGUAUCUACAAGAAAGCCGGUGUGGGAAAAGAGAAGCGAGAAGUGACGUAUGUUGUUGCCAAAAAGGGAGCUGGGAGGAAAGUGAGGCGGCCUGCUGGUGUCAAAGGCGCCUUCAGAGUGGUGGACGGUCGCAUGAAGAAAGACGUGCGUGGGAUGCAAAGGAAAGAGCAGAAAGCAAAGGGUGGCAAAGGAAAAGGAAGACAGGCAAAAGGUGGCAAAAAGGGAGUGAAGACUAGCAAAGGGCGAAAAGGAAGGUAGAUCGGAAAUGGGUCCAUGAACAGUUUGUCUUCAAAUUGAUUGAAAGAGCCCAAAUCUGUUGCAACCAUUUUCCUUUGGAGGACUUCAAUGCUCUUGGGAACAGUAAAAAUGAAUAUUAUGUGCUUGUCUUUCUAAGAACAGAGUCGUUUGUCUGAACUCUCAAUUGCAAAAAGUUGGGGAUGUCUGUCAUUGAGAAAUGUAGGCAUUCAUUUUUUGUAAAUAAGAUUGCAAUAAAUUGGUUCUGAUGUCCU